AUGGAGUCAUCUCUUUCUCUCGAAGAGACCAACAAAAUUCGUAUCAGCCUUGGUCUAAAGCCUCUCGUUGACGAUGGUGCACCCGCGGAUACAAAAGAGAAAGAGGCUGCUGAUAAUUUUGCCGCUCGAAAAGAGCGAGAGGAGGCUGAGAAACGCACAAACGAGAUCGUCGCACGAAUAGAAAAGAGUCGCAACAAGCGCGAGCUACAUCGAAGGCUUGUUGGGGCCACAUUAGGGGAAGCAGAUGAUGAUGACGAUACUCUUAAGUGGGUUAAGAAGAGCAAGAAACGUGAAAAAGAUCUCGCUGCCAAACGAUUACAGGAGAUGGAUGCUUUGGACAAGAUGUAUCAGGAGGAAUACACUGAAAAGGACCUCGCUGGUCUGAAGGUCAGCCAUGAUUUCGAGGACUUGAAUGAGGGCGAAGACAGGAUACUCACACUGAAGGACAGCCGCAUCCUGGAUAAUGAAGAGGAUGAACUCCAAAACAUCGAUCUGGCAGAGGAACAGAAAGAUAAGAAGCGACUCGAACUGAAGACGAAACGUCGUGAUUACACUGGGUAUGAUGACGACGAAUUUACUGGUGCUCCUGGGAUGAAACGUGCGGUCUUGUUCAAGUACGACGAAGCUAUCAAUGGUUCCACGGAUGCUACCUUUCGUUUGGGGGGGCGGGUAGCCUUAUCAGAAUCAAAAACUAAAAUGGAAAUGGACGCCGCGCCCACCAUCAAUCGCUCUCUUCUGUCCAUUGAUUAUCUCAAAAAUGUUGAGAGCUCAGAUUAUGUGCAAGGUGACAUUGACUUCAAGAAGCCCAAGAAGAAAAAACAACGAUCUACCCGUCGUGUUCCUGAGCCAGAUGUCUUGUCCAAAGACACUUCCCCUACGAACAGCACCACUGAUAUAAAAAUGGUAGAAGUGGACGUUAAACCCGUGGUUCCCGACUUGGAUGCAAAUUUUAUUGAUGAUGAUGAACUCCAAUCAAUGCUCGCACAGUCUCGGCGGCGGAAGGUCAUGAAACCAAGAAGGAUUGCCCCUGAAGAGUUUGCCGAACAAGGUUUUGGCGAUUUUUCCUAUUCCCGAGCUAGGACAGACGAGGAGGGACAGCGAAAUGGUCAAUUGGAUGCCUCGGGGGCUCUGACGUUGGAUGACACAUCGGAAUUCGUUCGAAGCAUCACCUAUACCCCAGCUCCCGUCCAACAAAAUCCUAUUAUCGUGACAAUUGACACGGCUCAUAUGCGCGAAGCAUCCGAGGAUAAGGAGGAAACGGGCGAAGCAAUUGCGGAAUUCGAGAACUCGGCUGUGGGGGACGAGCCGAUGGACUAUGACGACGAAGCUGAUGCAAUGCUACGAGCCAUCGAGGAGGGUAUCGCCAAUCAGCGAUCUGAAACUAUGAAGGAGGAAGUGGUUGACGAGAUUGGGACUUCCAGCGAGCAGACAUUUAGCCGGGGAAUGGCAGCGACUCUUCAAAUACUGCGACAACAAGGUGUCCUUGCGGCCGUUUCCGAUGAAACGAAAGAGCGCGAAAGAAUCCAGAAGGAGAAGGAUAAGUGGCUGGCUCAACAUCGACACUCCUUCUCCAUGCGCGAUCUUGAGCGGCUUCGGUCCCGGGGACAACCCAAAGAUCAGUCCGCGCGAGAGUACGAAAAUCGGCUCCGCGAGCAGCAGGAGGCCCGGGAAUCUCUCGAUCUAUUUAAGGAUUACAAGCCGGAUGUGGAGAUUAAAUAUCACGACGAAUUCGGCCGAGAGCUUACGCCGAAGGAGGCUUGGAAAGCCUUGUCGCACAAGUUCCAUGGCAAAGGGUCGGGUCGCAUGAAAACCGAAAAACUAUUGAAGAAGAUAGCAGAGGAGAAGAAGAGAGAGGCGAUGGGCAGUGGGGACACUCCUCUCAGUAUGAAUGCUGCCUUCCAGAUUCGUCAAGAGAGGGUUGGUCAAGCUCACAUGGUCUUGUCUGUUGGCAAUCGGGGGGCUGUUCCGCAGGCCUCUGAAUUUCUAGAUGCAACUGCUUCGAUAUCCAAGAAAGACAAAAACAAAAACAAAAGCAAAAAGAAAGAGCCUGCGAAGGCCUCCCCUGCACCUGUUGUGGACAUGACUGGCUUCACUGCCACAACUCUUCCUGGGGCCGGUCCGCUUGGUAGCAAUAUAUCAUCAAGCGCUGUUGUUUCGGCCUUACCCAGUGUUCCCGGUUCGCCAGGUCCUAUGACCAAAUCAGGCUUCACUCGUGUUAUGGGCGAAGCGACAAGUGCCUCUGGCUCAGCUUCACCAGCUACCCACGAAGAGCGGGGCAGGGUACAGUUUGGGUUCGGAUUUUCAACGAAGCGUAAAGCUGGAGAAGAGCCUGACGGCGCGCCACCCACGAAACGGUAG